GUUUUGUUAUUUUUAUGGGAUGGAGAAGAGUAAAGUCUGAAGCUUGUCCAGCAAGAUUAUAUGUGGUUGAAGAUGAUGUUCAGUCUCCAGUGUUUAUAGAAUUCAGAAGCCGCAUACUGGGUGUCAUGAGUUUGUCCUCUCCAGCCAGCUGCACUGGCAUGGAAGCAAAAUGCUUACAUAAUGCAAAGUGUGAGUCACUACAAAAUAGCAACGAAGCAGAGUUGGACACUGAAGAUCUGAGAAGGAAACUCUGUCAAGCUAACAAAGAAAAAUUAGACUUAAGCAUUAAACACAGUCAAGAACUUUCCAACUAUGAGAGCCAGAUAGUGAAGUUACGCUCGGAAGUUGAGAAAGGGGAGGCUCUUCGACAAAGCUUGGAGUACGAACUGGCAAUUGCCAGAAAAGAUGCUCGUCUCAAAAUUUAUGCUGCAGAAGAGGAGUUAAGUGAUGUGAAAACCAAACUUGUGAAACUGCAAGUCUUGAAUGGAGAACUUCAGCAGAAAGUGUCAGAGACUGAGAAAAUGUUUCAUAUUGCUCAGCAGAAGUGGAAAGAACAGGAGCAAAGACUUGCAAUUGAGAAGGAUCAUAUGCGCAGAACUUGCAACAGUGAAUAUGAAUUGCUUCUUAAAGAAAGAACCAAACUAGAAAGUGUUUUGCAGGAGCAGAAUAAUGAACUGCAGAAGAUACACAAGAAAAUGGAAGAUAUGGAGGUGGAACACCACGGCUGCACGGAGCUGCUGAGAUGCCAGGCCAGUGAACUUGAAUACAGCACUGAACGAGAGGAGCGACUUAGAAAAGAACUUGAAGCAGCUACACUGAGAAUAAAGAAACUGGAAGAAAACAUUGAAGCAGAGAGAGCAGCACACGUGGAAUCCAAAUUCAAUUCGGAGAUCAUCCAGUUAAGAGUUCGAGACCUUGAAGGAGCUUUGCAGGCGGAAAAAGACAGCCAAGCAGAAGCUCUUUUGGAUUUAGAAAUGAUCAAGAAAGAGUUCAAAGAGGUAGAAAAUGCAUAUGAGAGAGAAAAACACAACGCCCAAGAGAGCUUGGAAAAACUCAAAGUAUUAGAAAGAGAGUGUUUCUCCACGAACAAGAAAAUGAAUGAGGCGGUUGAGGAAAAGACGAAGAUAAUUAAAGACCUCUCUGAGAGACUAGGGAAUAGUGAAAAAAACUGCAGAGAAUUACAGGAGGAACUGGAAGAGGCCAAGAAACACCAGGUCUUUCUAACAGAGACGUAUGAAAACAACAUGAGAGAGCUGGAGUUACUCUUGGACAGCUUUGCUAUGUCAGGCCAGCGGACAGCAGGCACUUGUAAGGACAAAGAUAAAUUUCCAAGCCUCUCUGUCCUUGAGACUUUGAGGUGUACCUUGACAGCUUACCGGAACAAGCUGGAAGAGAUGUCUAAUGAGCUUGGGAAAAUGAAGACUGUGUGUGAAAAGCUGACAAAAGAACUUGAGGUGUCCAAAGAGAAAAUGUAUGCUCUAGGUCAAGACCUUAAGGAAGCUCAGGAUAACCUGGCUGAUGCCAAUAAAGAGUUAAAUCAUCUGCACACUAAGUGUGCAGACAGAGAGACUUUAAUAGGGACUUUCAGAACGGAACUGCAGAACGUACGGCAGUGUUGGGAGAAGGAGAAAAUACGUGCCACAGAAUCUGAAAAUGAAAUCCAGCAGCUUACCAGGGCUUACCAGAAGGAUACGGAGGAGAAGCUAACCUUUCUCCAUAGUUUAUACCAGCGUUUGGUAGCAGGCUGUGUGCUUAUAAAACAAUCAGAAGGCAUCCUAGAUAGAUUCUCUUGGUGUGAGCUUUGUGCAGUCUUGCAGGAGAAUGUUGAUGCCCUGAUCUUAGACCUCAACAGGGCUAAUGAGAAGAUAUCUCACCUAGAAUAUGUUUGUAAGAAUAAGUCCGAUACUAUGAAGGAGCUUCAGCAGAGCCAGGAAGAUGCUUUUAGCAAAAUGGCUGAACAGAUGAAAGCACAGGAAAGCUGUUGGCAGAAACAAAAGCAGUAUCUGGAACAGCAGUACUUGAGUCUCCUUGGGGAAGUUCAUGCAAGGGCACAG